AUGUCAUUGCAAGAUAAGUGUCCCUUUACCAUCUCGGCCAUUCACCAAGCAAUGAAACAUAGAUGUUUCUCAAAAGGAAUCUCCGCUUGCAUUCCUCCUCCCGGAUUCGCCCAUCUGACCUCCUCACCGGUGGCAUACACGCGCCGAAACGAGCUGUUCAUGCAAAUGACUAGCCGCAAAGGCGUGGCUCGUUAUUUUGACGAGGUGGUCUCAAAGCAAGACCGUGAAGAGCUUCUGAUGACGGUUUCCUUGCUGACGUCAAACUCCGAUUUCUUCAUGUCGGUCAUCAGAAGCCAGUGCGGGUCGAGACGCGUGCAGGCGCUCCUAGGCAUGUCUGAUGACGUGGACGCGCUCUUUUGCGCCGCUAUCUUGCGCCGUUUCCUCGACGUCAUGACCAACAAGUUCGCAUCCUACGUGGCGACUCAAGCUAUGGUCGUUUUCGACCAGGUGAAGAAACAUGAGUUGUACGGGCACGCUAUCUACUACGCGCUCGACAUAGCGUGUGAUCACCAAGGCGGCAUGGUUCUCAAAAGGGCCAUAGCCGACGUGGAUGAUCCUAUCUACAAGAAUCAGCUACUAGACGUAGUCACCCGCAACGCUCUCCUAAUAAGCGCCGAUCGUUCAGGUAGUUUUGUGGUCCAACACGUGUUUAGCAUGAAUGACAUGCGUUACAAGCACAACGUGGCGGUUAGUCUUCGUGGCCAUUGUGUUGAUCUGUCGUUUAAGAAGUAUGGAAGAUACGUGGUGGAGAAGCUCUUGGAGGAUGAGGUGACGAUGGCUGUGGUGGUUAAGGAGCUUUUAGAGUGCGAUGGAGACAGGUUGAUGAGUCUGGCUUCUUGUGAGUUUGGGAGUUUGGUGGUGAGUAGGGCACUGGAGGUCACGGAGGAGAUGAAUAGAGACGAUUUGUUUUGGAGAUUGGUGCGGAAGCUGAUGCCUUUUCGCCACCUUUUGCUUAGGUCUCGUGUAUUCAGAAUUGUAAGCAUCUUGGAGAGGUGUUCUAUAACUAGAAGCAGCUGGAAUUAA